CUUUUAUUUAGGAUUAAUCUGGAGUUAGCUGGAACUCUCCGGGUAAGGGAUGGCUACACGAACUCACUUCAUACUGCUGCUUAUGGUUGUUGUCAUUGCUUCAUCUGUUCAAGUCCAUGGGAACCUCUCCCCUACUUACUACUCAUCUACAUGCCCCAAAGCAUUGUCUAUUGUUCAGGCGGGCGUGAAAGCUGCUAUCAAAAAGGAAGCGAGAAUGGGGGCGUCUUUGCUCAGGCUGCACUUCCAUGAUUGUUUUGUUAAUGGUUGUGAUGGGUCCAUUCUGUUGGAUGAUAAUGCUAAUUUCAAAGGGGAGAAAACCGCAGGACCUAACCAAAACUCUGUUAGAGGAUUCAAUGUGGUUGAUAACAUUAAAGCUCAACUGGAGAAAGCAUGUCCCAGAGUGGUGUCUUGUGCAGAUAUUCUUGCGAUUGCUGCCAGGGACUCUGUUGCUAUUUUAGGUGGCCCUUUUUGGAAAGUGAAGCUAGGAAGAAGAGAUUCUUUGACUGCUAGCAGAGAAGCUGCUAACACCUUACUUCCUGGACCAAAUUUCAAUCUAAGUGCUCUCAUUUCCAGCUUUUCUGUUCAUGGACUCUCCUUGAAAGAUUUGGUGGCACUUUCAGGAUCACAUACCAUAGGUUUGGCUAGGUGCACAGUAUUCCGAUCACGAAUCUAUAAUGACCCCAACAUAGAUGCCUCAUUUGCCAAGUCGCUGCAGAAAAAGUGUCACAAAAGUGGAAACGAUGAUGUCACUGAACCCCUUGAUUUCCAAACUCCGACCUGUUUCGAUAAAUUAUACUAUGAUAAUCUGUUAAAAAGGAAGGGUCUUCUUCAUUCUGACCAAGAACUCUUUAAAGGCAGCUACACCCCUGCUAAAUCUCUGGUUAAAAAGUAUGCUCAAGAUGCUUCUGCAUUCUUCAAAGACUUUGCUAAGGGUAUGGUCAAGAUGGGGAACAUCAAACCUCUCACAGGAACUGCUGGAGAGAUAAGAAUCAACUGCAGAAAAGCAAACUGAUGGAGGGUUCUCUUCAUCAGUCUAUUGUAAUAAUUAGUGGCUGGAAAUCAAAUGUCUAGUAUGUAUGAUGAAUAUUCAUUGCUAAUGAAGCAGUAAUUAAUAA